AAGUGAGUGGAAGGCCCAGGCCGGGAGGGAGCUCAGCCCAGUCAAUUCAGCUACAAAUGUAACAAAAAUGACAAUGAAGAGUUGGGUCUCAAACCCUCCCGCUUCAUGACCCUGUGUGUGGAACUGGUGCUGCAGCCUCAAUUCUUUCUGGGAUUCAGCAGGGAGGAGAGCUCCGGGCUCUGGCUCCCCAGCUGCACAGCUCGGGCUGAGAUUUCCGGACACACAGCGCUGAGGUCCCUUCAGAUGGGCUGUUAUCACCAAUGGGCCUCACUGAGAGGAUUCUCAGGGAGAAACCAGCACCUCCUGACUCUGAAAGUAAACCUGGCUGUGGGAAUGUCCCUGCAAAUUCAGAGAUUUCUCUGCAUCUGAACACAGACUGGGAUGCUGGCUGGCACAGAGCUGGGCUCCCUUUGUGACACAGAUCAAGCUAUGAUGAUGGAGAAGAUUCUCUCAUUCUCCCGUGGCUCCACUCUGCCCAGCUACAUCACUCUCUGCCUCACUCUACAGGUUCACAGGCUGGUGUCAGAACAAGUUAUAAUGAAGAGGACGAUUUUCUCAUUCUUUCAUGGCUUCACUGUGAGCUCCUUUCUGCCUGGAUAUGUCGUUUUCUUCAUUGCUCUGCACAUUCACAAUUUUGCAUCAGCACAGUUCACAGUGACUGGACCUGACCAUCCAAUCACCACCUCCAUAGGUGGGGAGGCUGUCCUGCCCUGCCAUCUCUCCCCCAGGAUGAGCGCUGAGAACAUGGAGGUGCGAUGGUUCCGAUUCCAAUAUCAUUCAGUUGUCCACCUGUAUCAGGAGGGACAGGAUAAGUAUGAAGAGCAGAUGCUGGAAUAUCAUGGGAGGACAGAGCUGCUGAAAGAUGGCAUCACUAAUGGGAGUGUUUCCCUGAGACUAUGCCAGGUCCAGCUCUCUGAUCAUGGGCAGUACACAUGCUUUUUUCAAUACAGUAUCUCUUAUGAAGAAGCCAUAUUGGAACUAAUGGUAUCAGCUAUGGGCUCGGACCCCCACAUCUCUGUUGAUGGUCACCAGGACGGAGGAAUCCGGGUUGUGUGUCAAUCGGCCGGGUGGCACCCAGAACCUGAGGCUCAGUGGAGAGAUCACCAUGGGCAGCUGCUAUCAUCUGCCUCUGAAAAAAUAUCCAAGGCGGACAAUGGCCUAUUUCAAACUCAGAUUUCUAUUGUUAUAACAGAAGAUUCCAACCAGAACUUGUCCUGUUCUGUCAGGAACCCACUCGUCAACCAAGAUAAAAUAUCAACAGUUUUCAUAGCAGAGCUGUUUUUCCCAAGGGUCAAUCCCUGGCUGGUGGCUCUGGGUGUGAUCCUGGCUAUUCUCAUUGCCCUGGCCAGUUACUGCUUCUGGAGGCAACACAGAAUGAAAGAAAUGCUGCGAUCUGACCUGGCGAGACAGAAAGAAGAACAUCGUGAAGAAAUAGGGAAACUCUUCACUGAAUUGGGGCUUGGGUUGAGAAGAGCCCAGCUAUAUGCAGUGGACAUGACUCUGGAUCUAGACACGGCAAAUCCCUGGCUAGUCCUGUCUGAGGAUCGGAAAUGUGUGAGAUACGGAGACACACAACAGGAUCUGCCCGACAACCCUGAGAGAUUUAAUCCUUUUCCCUGUGUCUUGGGCGCUGAGCAGUUUACGGGUGGGAGGCAUUACUGGGAGGUGGAGGUAGGAGACAAGACUAGAUGGACUCUGGGGGUUUGUAGGGAAUCUAUGAGCAGGAAGGUCACACCCACACCUGGGAAUGGAUGCUGGGUCAUGUGGCUGAGGGGUGGGGAAUAUAAGGCUGGCACCUCCACCUCUCCCCCCAUCUCUGUGAGCGUCCAGCCCAGCCGGGUGGGGAUUUUCCUGGACUAUGAGGCGGGCGAGGUCUCAUUUUACAAUGUGACUGACAGGUCCCAUCUCUUCACUUUCACUGGCACCUUCUCCGGGACUCUCCGCCCUUAUUUCUAUCCUGGUCACAAAGCUGGGGGUACAAAUGUGGCUCCCCUGAUAAUCUGCCCGGUCCUAGCUCAGGCCGGAGGGAAUCUCUGUCCCUGACAGUGACAUCCACGGCACAGACUCUCCCCUCCCAGCGCUGCUGCUCUUCCUGCCCCCCACCACACACACACAGUGGUGGGGGGCAGUUACUGCAGCAACUGGACUUUUUGUGCUGAUCAGACGCUGCCAGUUUCCCUUUUCAACUGGAGGUUCCAGUCGAAAACCGGACACCUGGCAACCCCCAGCCCUCACCUUUCCCUGUCCCCUGCCUCAAGGGUAGCAGAUGGUGUUGGAGCAGGGUCAUUCACUCCUGUCAGAAUUUUCUAUCCCUGUAAAAUAUCAGUGUAAAAUAUGAAAGAAAAAAGAUUAGCCUUGUAUUUACACCUUGUUACAAUUGUAUUUUCUAAAUUAGAAUAUUUUCAUUUACAUUUCAACAGUAUUUCAAAAACAAGCACCUAAACAUAUUUUUGGAAAUGGAAUUCUUUACAUUUAUUUUUUGAUUCCUCCCUCAAAUCUAUAUUGAAGUAUAACUUCUCUAAAUAACGUCAUUUGUAUUUCAACUGUGGAAUAUU